CCCGUACGGUGUUUUAUCAGAUACGAAGCGUAGGCUACUUACUCUUUGUUCACCAAGGAUUGUAGGGACAGAAAUUAGAGUAUUGUCAGUAAAACUGUUGUCUUAAUUAUUUUUUACCAGCUGAAACUAGCAUGUAUUGGAUAUGGACGAGAUAACACCGGAAAUUCUUUACAAUCCCUGCUGGUCUUUUAUAGUGCCUUUGCCAUAUAGAGACGCUCAUUAACCCGUGCCCUGGAAAUAAACAGCCAUGGAAAAUAGUUAAUGGUUGAUUCCGUAAUAAGCAACUAAUAAAAGGUGCCGUAUUUAUGGUGUGCUGUGAAAGUUUAGCGAGGAGCUUCGUGAUAACAGCGCCGCCAGGCAGGCAUGAGCAGAGCCGAUUCUGCAGAAAAUGAGGAUUGGACGUGAGCUACGUGCGCAUCCAGGAGUAGACGACAUGACAUGGAGAGACUGGAAAACACGGACCUUAUAAAAACGCACGGACGCGAGAGUAUCUGUUCCCCGCAAGAGAGAGUCACCAAUGGCCGCUGCGAUGCUCACGCUGUGAAUACAAUGGGUCUGAACGCCACCACAGCAGAGGAGCUGCUGGCUGGACAAGCGUCUAGAUCUGGACCCGGGAUCACGCUUCUGAAGGAGUCCAAGAGCGGCUUGCCUUUGUAUAACGGCGCGGGAGGGGUUUCCACAUCACCUACAGCAGAAGAAAGUUACAGCGAGGUUCCUGCGCAGACGCAAAACGGGUGUUUACAUCUAAAUGGACUGGCGGAGACCCCCAAUGGGGGCCUCGCGGCUAAUGGAGACAGGACUUUGGACAGGCCUUUGAAGAAGCCUUGUGGAGACGUGCGGUUCAGACAACUCCAGCACCAGAGGAGGAAAGAUGAGGAAAACAGAGACUUCGGGGCGUCGGGGUCCGGAUCCGGGGGUUCUUCGGAAACGUCCCACGGACCGGACCCUGCUUAUCCUCUGCUCGAAUGCAAAAGGAGAAGGCUUGAAUUGGACUCCAAAACAGACUUUAGUAAAAGCACACGGGCCGUUGCGCCCCUCGCAACCAAUCACCAACUCAAAAACUCUACGCCCUCGUCGCCCGGUUGGGUCCAUCACAAUGGACACAACGUUGCAGCGAACCAGGCCGAGGUGCGCUCUGCUCCUCUUGCAGGUUGGUCUCCCGAGCACAUGGCUCAGCAGUACAUAGUUCCUUGCAUGAAGUUUUACGGCAUUUGCGUCAAAGAUGACUUCCUGGGCGAGCGACUAGGCAGUAGGGUUCUGGAGGAAGUGGAGACUUUGAAUCACAGCGGGAAGUUCAGAGGCGGCCAGUUGGUCAGCCAGAAAAACAUCCCAUCUAAGAACAUCCGUGGAGACCAGAUAGCUUGGGUCGAGGGCAAUGAGCCGGGCUGCGAGAGCAUCGGGAGCCUUAUGGCUCACGUCGAUGAGGCCAUCAUGCGCAGUGCGGCCAAUGGCCAGCUGGGGAAUUAUGUCAUAAACGGACGCACCAAGGCCAUGGUUGCGUGUUACCCUGGAAACGGAACAGGAUAUGUGCGUCAUGUGGACAAUCCUAAUGGCGACGGACGCUGCAUAACCUGCAUCUACUAUCUGAACAAAAACUGGGACGCGAAGGUUCACGGAGGUUUAUUGCAGAUCUUCCCCGAGGGUCGUAAUGUCGUAGCCAACAUCGAGCCUGUGUUUGACCGCAUGCUCAUUUUCUGGUCAGAUCGCCGGAACCCACAUGAGGUGAAACCAGCCUUUGCCACUCGCUACGCCAUCACUGUUUGGUACUUUGAUGCUAAAGAGCGGGCCGAAGCUAAGGAGAAGUAUAGGCUGGCGACAGGACAGAAAGGAGUUAAAGUGCCCGUCACACAAAGCAGCAAGACCUGAAUGUCAGUCGUUGGAGUGAACACUCAAGUGCGUCCUGUUUAUGUGUGUGGCAGCCUGCGCCGCCGCGUGAUUGGCUGUUUUCAAGAGGAGAUACGAGAAACCCAACGACCGUGGCUCUUUCUGUGGCCUCAACCAUCCAACAAGAAGUUUGAUUUGAUUGGGUGCAGGACGCGGGACUGUCUGUAAAUGAACACCACGAACAAACUUGACGGUCGCGGCUCAGAAAGGAUGGCCCGGGAUUGGCCGAUUUUUUUUCCCGUGGAAAGUCAACGGCGGAAACAUCGCAAACGGACUUGAGUUGCUUUAGUAUUUUGAGUAAUUAUCGUAUUUAAUAAGAAUUACAAUCUCUAAACUCAACCCUGGCUUUUCACAACACUACACCUGUGUGUAAGUGGGUAGAUGAGAUUUUCCAGUGGCCUUUGUCAUAUCAUGUUCAGCCCCACGAAUGUGUAACAGCUUAACACCGAGAUCUUACGCCAACGCUCAACUAAAUCGCCAAAACUGACAUAAAAUAACCAACCGGGAAUGCUUUGGUGGACACAGUCCCUUACGAUCGAGCCUGAGCCCUAGGAAACAUUCGGGAGGAAUUCGUUCAGAAUAAACAGCGCCCUCUGAUGCCGUUUUCACGCUGUGCUUUGUUUUCGCGCAAAUCCGGUUGCGCCACAAAAAAUUUCGCAAUAAGCAUUUUUGCUUUGCAGCGGUUUCCUAGUUUGUAGGGCCGUUCGUUUAGGACGUUUUUUUAAGCAUUGUCCUUGCCGUUUUUAAGACGCAUUCGGACGUUUUUGUAUUGCUUUGCUGGCUUUGUACGCUGGGAUGCGACAUUAAAUGAAAUUUUUGCAGAUGAAAAAAAAAGUUAACCGAUAACCGAUAAAUGGAUAUAAAUAUUCUAUGCUAUUUUGUAAUAGUGAUUUCAAAAUGAAACCCUAAAAAGUAAAUGUAGUCAUUUUAAACGCUAAAGGGAAAGUUUAGGUGUUACAACAUUCAUAAUGUACAGUAUUAAAAAAAAAAAAAAAAGAUUUUAACAGUUUAACACGUUUAACAGUGAAAUUAGUAGUAUUUUUACAAAAGUUUAAGUGUUUAAGAAAAUUAAAUAUAAAAAUGCAGAAAAUGAGCUGCGCGAAUAAAUAUCCAGUGUUUAUUAAUAACAAAAAAUGCUGUCAGAUUCCUAAUAUGGAUCCGAUAUAUCGUAUAUCCCUAACAGUAAUCGAGGGCCUAAAUUAGGGAUUUAUAUAUUUGAAUUGCGUAUAAAAUUUCUAUUUAUUUGGAUUAAAAUUGUAUCCUAAUUUGGGAUGCAUAUUUGUCAGUCAUGCAUAAAAGAAUCAUACUUUUUUUUGUAAUAGCACUAAUAAACUGACUGUUUUAAAGACAUAAUAACCAGGUAUAUAUAUAUAUAUAUAUAUAUAUAUUUAUCAUCAGUAAAUCCAAUUUCUUUCAGUUUCAUACUUUUGAACUAAAUGAAUCAUUGCUUGUUCCGAAACAAGCCAUGCUUUAACCUUAUUAACCAUACAUUUUAACUGAAUAAAUGUAAUGGGUUUAGCAAUAAACAGGUUAAUUAUUUUAGCAAUUAAUGCAUUUUAAUAAUAUACGUAUUUAAAUGAAAUCAAAUAUUGAUUGCAAAUAGUUAUUGAUAUUGAAUGGUUUCUCAUCAUCCUCAUCCUCAUUAUGUUUAUGCAUAACUGACACAUAUGCAUCACAUUUAUUAGUUUACGUUAAAAGGCUAUAAAUUGAAAUUUGAAUGCACUUAAAAUACAUAAAUCUUACAUUUAUUUUUCGCAGCAUCUCUUCACCUCGGCAGUCCAUUCUCUUCUGAAUCACGACAAAAUGCUUCAUAUCUGGAAAUAAACCUGAUUUUAAUGACCUGCAUCAUCAUCUGAUGAAAUUCAGCCUUUCAAAUUUCAAAAUUCAGCCUGGCUGAAUCACACGCUGACCUGUUAAUGUCCGACCAAUUCAUGUAGAGCCUGAAUAAACUGGAUUCUCCGCACAGCGCGCCCUUAUGAUUUCAUAAUAAUUCAGAAUUUGCAAUAUGCAGAAUGUAUGUGCUGCAACGAAAUGUCAAGAAAAAGGUGUCUGCGACCUUUUUAAAUACUGCUGAAUGCUAUCUUGGCCUUAAAGGGUCUUUCUAAAGAGAUGCACUUACCUGAGAGCUGACAAUCUCCUUCCUGCCUCAGAGAGGCGCUGUGCAGCAAAAGAGAUCGUUACGGGGCUCAACGUACAGGUGACCUGGAAAACGCCCGACAGCCUCAUUCUAUCAGGUGUCCGCGCAUGCACUACCCCAGUGCCUACAUCUCCCAGAGGGCAUUGCAAAUUCAUCAGGUGCUCACGCCGCCUUCAAGUGCUAUCGGAAUUAUCGUAAAUAAAAGCUUCCUAGACGGAAAUUGGACAUGAACGACCUUAGAGAGGCCUUAUAUGGCAAACUUCCGACUAGGAAACUCGUAUUUAUGAUCAUUUGCGAUCAUUUGAAUGCAGCGUUAUAAGAAGCUGUGUUCAGAAUACUAGCAUACCGCACAGUAUACACUCUCCACUGCAAAGCUAAAUUGUCAAAUUAACUCGGUUUCGUAGACGGGGCUUAGCCUAAGACGGGAUUAGGCCGUAGUUCAAUUAGGACAUUUAAAGGAAUAGUUUACCCGAAAAUAAAAAUGAUGUCAUAUUUAGUAGUUCCAAGCUUGAGCUGAAAUAAAGUCUGUAACCACGCUGUUUUGGGUCACCAUUGACUUCUAUAGUAAGAAAAAAAUACUAUUAAAGUCAAUGGUGACUGAAAAACUUUUUUUUCGAAAUAUCUUCCUUUGUGUCCAGCAUUACAAAGAAAUUCGUACAGGUUCGGAACAACUCCAGAGUGAGUAAAUGACGACGUUGUCGUCAAAACAAAACAAAGGCCAGUGACGUGUUUUAAGAUCAAUCAGUGCAUGUUUCAGCUCAGAUUUACAUUUAGCCCAGGACUAGGCUUAAGCCUUGUCUGUGAAAACGGGGUAUGUCUUCGGUUAAACGUGUAUGAAAUGCGAAUAAAAAUAACAUUUGUGAAAUAGCGUCACAGAAGGUCAGGCACAAUGCAUUGCGGGUCUAUGCGGCGGUCGUAUGCUGCAGAUUUAGGCAAAUGUAGGUCAUCGGGCAUUGGCACAGUCGGGGAGACGUAAGUGUGCUAUUCUGAACAUAGUCGCAAUCUGAGGACCUGAGAUUUCAUGCAAACACGAAACGCCACAGAACGGAUUUCCCAGCGAACUUUGACCCAGUGUAGUAUUGAGCUGUUCUGUGCCGAGCGCCACAGACGAACGAGAGAAGUGAAACAGUAAAGCACUUUAUCAUAGAAUGUGUGACGUUUGAAAGAAAUGCUUUGUGCCGUGUAACAGUAUGAAACUUAAAUCAACUGAGAACAAAAACAUGUUUGCUCAACCUUUCUGAGUUUUGCAGUAUUUAAUUAAAAGGUGUCAGAUUUUGUACA